CCCUCAACCCCACUUCAUCCCAAUCCAAUCCCACACAAUGCCAAAUCGCCCAGAUCCGCACGCAGGCAAUCCCGACCACGCCGCCCUCGAAGCCACCAAAGGCGCCGUUAGUGGCGCAAUCCGAUGGGGCGCAGUCUCCUUCCUAGCCGGCGUAGCAGCCUACUUCUCCAGCCCUAUUUUUCGUAACCUGACUGUGCAGUUCAAAGUCUAUCUAUGGAUGUGUCCAACUGUUGUCGGGAGUAUGAUUGAGGCUGAUAAUCGGUUGCGGGGCUACGAGGGUAUGAUACGUAGGCGCAGGCGCGCUGCCAUGGAGGAUGCGCGGGAGCGGGCAUACGUGAGGGAGAUUGAGGAGUUGGAGAGGAGGAGGGGGGGGUGAGGAGUGUAUGCUGUAUGAUGUGACGAGGUAUUAUAGAUUCAUAGGGGGGGGGUUGGUAUAUCAUCAUUUGGUCGUUCGGGACUUUUGCACGCAGGUUAUGAGGGGAAGUGUGAUGUGAAUCUCGGAUCAAUAUUUUCCCUCCGCCGGGGAAUAUAAAUCCGACAUAUCGGCCCGGGAGAGAGACACUAUUCAUUUGUCUAUAGUUAUAGCUAAACUAGAUCAGAGAGCUCGAUGGCUCUUUAGAGUG